AAAAAUGAUUUUAGAAGUAUUCGAAUUUCUCGUUCACGCUCUAUAUUUGGCUCUAGGUUACUUGAUUCCAAUUUCAAUGGGAGCUGUAGCUUAUGCAUCAAAUGACAAAACAAAGAUGAGCAGAUGGUUGAUACAUUUUUUGCUCAUCCAUAUUUUGAAUCAGACUUUGUUUCCAAUUCUGGCAUUUAUUGGAUUGUGUAUUAAAAAUUAGUAACGAUUUCAUAGAGACAUUGAAUGACACUAUAGGUGUUUGCAUAUUGAUAUUGCCAACAUAUGUUUCAUUUGAGACAUUGGAACAAUUAGUUGAGAAUAAUUAUGUAAUAUGAAUAAAUAAAAGAUAGAAUAACAUACUUGCCCCAAAAAUGGAAAUUCUUAGAUAAAUGGCCUAUGUAGGAUUAUAAAAAUUAAAUUUAUUAUGAUUAUGUAUUGUUAAAUAUAAAAUGAAC